ACCCUCCGCUCACCUGGUAUCUCGAAGCUGUCAUGCCUGGUCUGUACGGUAUUCCAAAGCCGUGGUACUUUCCUUUCACAACUUCCUAUUGGUGUGGAACCACUAAAGGAGUGACGGACAUCAAUGUACUGAGAACAGGCAGUAUAGCGAACGAGAACUGUGAAAGCGAGCCGCUGAAACUGAAGCAGGGUAUCACCAUCCAGAGUCUGUCGAAGGUCUACUCAACGGCAAGGUGGGCUGUUCGUGACCUCUCACUCAACUUCUACGAGGGACAGAUCACCUCGUUCCUCGGUCAUAACGGAGCCGGCAACUAG